UGCCACGCCUCUGCGUGAAGAAUGUCAGAGUCAGAUUGAAGCAAGUUGAAGGAACAUAUUUGUUGGCGAAGCACAAUUCCUUGGCGGAGAAGAAGGAGCAGAGAAAAUGGCUUAUCAUAAUCAGUACAGACCACCUCAAUAUGCUAACAGCGCGCCGCCAGAUCAAGGUUUUCUAUGGAAUAUAUUUCAGAGGGUCGACAAGGACAGAAGUGGUUCCAUAUCAGACACAGAGCUCCAGCAGGCGUUAUCGAAUGGUACAUGGACGCCUUUCAAUCCAGUGACUGUCCGAUCUAUUAUCGCCAUGUUCGACAGGGACAACAAAGGAGGCGUGAACUUCAACGAGUUCGCCGGCGUAUGGAAGUACAUCACGGACUGGCAGAACAUCUUCCGCACAUACGACCGCGACAACUCAGGCUUUAUCGACAAAAACGAGCUCAAACAGGCCCUUACUGGCUUCGGUUACCGGCUAUCAGAUCAGUUUUACAACACGCUCAUAGAGAAGUUUGACCGCCAACGAAAGGGACAAGUGGCCUUCGAUGACUUCAUUCAGUGCUGCAUAGUACUACAGAGGUUGACCGACGUGUUCCGGCGGUACGACACCGACCAGGAUGGCUGGAUCCAAGUGUCCUACGAGCAGUACCUCUCGAUGGUCUUCAACAUCGUAUAGCACACAACGGCGGAGAGUGGGAGCGAGAGCGUGCACACAAAACUGGACACAGUACGUGCCAAAAGGAAAAACAAAACACAGAGAUCCUCCACCAAUGGUCUUCCACAACAAGAUGACCAAAACACAUCACAUCUGGGUUAUGGGGUGGGAAGUAAGGACUUUUGAAAUCAGUCUGCUUGUCAGUGGUCACUGUAUUGUAUUUCUUAAUGUUGUUUGUCUUAAAAACAAAAAAAAAAAAAAGCAACACAAAGACAUUUCGGAAGUGUCUUAAGUCUGUGUUAAAAGGAAAAAAAACCUACAUUGUAAAUAUCAUCUUUAGAAUUUGUCCGCAUGCUUGUGUGACCUCCACAGUCAACGUCAAAAAAAGCAUGAACUAAUAUUUUUCUGGAGGUAUACUUUUGCCGAAGCCAUGUUUACAAAGACAUACUGUGAAAGCAGGGUUGUGCUACGCCAUGGAAGACCUGCUUUUGACUUCACUGACAUGCCAGCUACGCCAUGUUUGUAAAGACUUCUAUUUUUAACCUGCAAAGUACAGUAAGACAGCAUCAUAUUUUAGGUAGGGUGACCAUAAGGCUUUUUGUAUGGCUUAUUAUUUUGUGCAUGAUGCCUUAAAACUGUAAAAAGGUGCAAACAAAAAAGCUCUUUUAUUAAAAAAGUACAACAUUUGGAAAGCCAUAUUAAAAAAACAUCUUGUCUCUC